GGUACAUUGAAACUGUUUGAGCUUAGGCGUUGAUGAUUGGGUGUGUUUGAGGCGGUUAGCAUUUCGAUUCACGUCGGCUUUUGUGAUACCCCUUACGAGACAAUGACGAGGACUCUUCUACGACAAGUUCUUUCCCUUUUCGUCUCAAUAUGGGGUAAAAUUCCCGGCCUCCCUCGUCGCUCCUGGCACUCCGCAGUAGAGGAGCAAGCGCCCCCGGUCUCGCAUCAGCAAGCAGAUGCUGUCAACUCUAACUCACCUUGCUACAAUCUCGAGUGUGAUACACGUGGCCGGGGAAUACUCGCUGGAUCUUGCCGCCGAGGAGAGUUGACGAAAAGGGGAACCCGGCGUCUCAUCGAUCGGGGACGUCGCCGAUGUCGAGGGGUAAGCAGCAUGUUAUGAAGCUGACGACCAGUUGUUUCACUCGGUCGUCCCCGUCUCGUCUAUCGCAGUGCAGGCGGAUGUGACUUCCGGUCGUAGUCUUUGUUGUCCCAGGCCCCGGCGCCAUGCAUAUUUCAAUAGCGAUCGUCUGACAGCUGGCUGUGCGCCAUCUGCGCUUGAG